AUGUCUGGGGACCGUGAGGAGCAGCUGCUAUUGCGGGUGCAAGACAAAGCCCUUGCGGAUCGUAUCCGACAGGUCUUGAGAGAAAAUGCCGACACUUCUACAGCCCCAAAACUAGAGAUACACUUUGACGAGAACGGAUCAGGCAGGAGAGGCACAUUCAAAUUGGGGAAUGACAGCUUCCCUCUCAGUCUGCAAGACCUGCCCACCAUCGUUGACAGCUACAAAACAUACGAUGACAUCAACUUGGUCAAAUCCGCAAAUAUUGGCCAGGUGUUGGUCGUUGGCAAAGAGGGGGCCAGUCAGUCGCAGGCCACAAAGUGCAAGGAUGGGGUAACUCUGGUGAUGCGUGACGCUCGCAAGCGGGUGUUUCAGAAGCCGCACAAUGUUGACCUAGCCACCAUGCGUCAGCUGGAGGAAGAUCUCCUGAUCCUUGCAUCGGGACAGGCGCCACAGAACAUGGAGAUCACUGACGUUGAGGAGGAGUAUGUGGUGAGGGAUGAUGGCACUGGAAGCUGGCAGCCUGUCACAAAACAGAGAGCGGCGGCAGCGCCCACCACAAAGAAGCAGAAGACCAAACAGGCGCCCAGCACCUCCUCAGGCCCAGCAGAGAUAGAGGAAUUCUGA